AUGAGCGCCGUCUCUCUUCAGCAGUCGCGGGCGGCGUCGGUGCAGGAGAGCGAACCUCAGCAGCAGCAAGCGCAGCAGCUUGCAGAGGAGGUGCAGAGCGGUCCUCUGAAACUUGAGCAUCUCCUUGCCAAAGGCUUCACGAAGAGAGAUCUGGAGCUCCUCAAAGACGCGGGAUACCAGACCGUGGAGUGCAUUGCCUUUGCGCCGGUGAAGAAUUUGGUGGCGGUGAAGGGUCUGAGCGAACAAAAGGUGGAGAAACUGAAGAAAGCGAGCAAGGAACUCUGCAACUUAGGAUUCUGCAGCGCUCAGGAGUACCUCGAGGCCAGAGAGAAUCUCAUUCGCUUCACCACCGGGAGCGUCCAGCUCGACAGUCUCCUCAAAGGCGGCAUUGAGACCGGCAACCUCACAGAACUCUUUGGCGAAUUCCGGACCGGGAAAACACAGCUCUGCCAUACCCUCGCUGUGACUUGUCAACUUCCAAUUGAGCAGGCAGGCGGCGAAGGGAAAUGCCUGUGGAUCGACACCGAAGGCACUUUCCGCCCCGAGAGAAUUGUUUCGAUUGCGAAGAGAUUCGGACUGAACGCGAACGACUGUCUAGACAAUGUCGCGUAUGCUCGAGCGUACAACUGUGACCAUCAGAUGGAGUUGCUGAUGGAGGCGAGUGCGAUGAUGGCUGAGAGCCGCUUCGCGUUGUUGAUCGUCGACAGCGCCACUGCACUGUAUCGGUCGGAGUACACGGGCCGCGGGGAGCUGGCGAGCAGGCAGACGCAUCUCUGCCGCUUUCUGCGCUGUCUGCAGCGCAUUGCAGACACUUACGGCGUUGCCGUCGUGGUCAGCAACCAGGUCGUCGCGAAAGUCGACAACAUGGGAGGGAUGUUCUCUGGAAACGAGAAACUUCCGAUUGGAGGGAACAUCAUGGCGCAUGCCAGUCAGACGCGCCUCUACCUGAGGAAAGGCCGAGGCGAAAGUCGAAUCUGCAAGAUCUACGACAGUCCGAGUCUCGCGGAAGGCGAGGCGGUGUUCGCCAUCGGCGAAGGAGGCAUCGGCGACUACGAAGACAACUGAAGUCACCGCGCCUGUAGAAACGAGCAGCCGGCUCACACACAGGGAGUCGAGACGCACCGGCGCCCGGAUCCCCAAACGCCUUUUUCCAACAGGCUCAAAGUCACAGAGCUACACGGAUGCAGUGUGUUAACGUGCGUUGCAUGCAUGCGUGUAUGCUUGUCGUCGCUUUGUGUCUUUGUAUGUAGCGAUUCGUUGCGUAGAGUGGACCCGCAUGUGUGUCUACAGAUCCGCCUGUGUGGAGCAUGAAGUUUCUUUCUCUGGCACAAGCGUUUCGGGUGAGGGAUCUGAAGGAACGGCGGAGAGAAGGUCGUUGCUGACCUCCUCCGUCCGGCGGUCUGAAGGAGGAACCGGACGGCCACAGGCGGGAGAGGAGCCGUCGCGAUUUCCGCGGGCCAUGCACCUUUUUUUCUGGCCUCUCGGAACUUCCCUGUGUCUCGUCGCCUCUGGGGCGUUCUCUGCACAAUUGCGUGUGGAGAGCUCGAGUUUCCGGACGCGACAUGCAUCGCCACAGAUCUCGCAGCGAUUCUCAAAGCGGCAGAGAGCUGGGGGCUCUCGACUCUUCCGCGGGGAGACUGAUGGGGAGUCUUUCUUGACCUUGCAUCAUCUGUUGGAAUCUCCCCGUGACGACGUUUUUUUCUUGGG